GUUACUACACAUAUGGGGGAGUAGCAUAUAAAGCUUCACCUUUACCAAAUGGUUCAAGUUUAAGAAAAUGCAAGGCAAUUGUGUGGAAGACACUUAAGUUAAAUGCACCAUGUAAAUAUUAUACUUGUACUUUUAAUGGUGUAUGGAAUGGUGGAGGUCUUGAUGCUAUCAAGAAUAUAUAUAUUUCAUCAUUUUUCUUUGAUAUGGCUUCUGAGGUUAAUAUUGUUGAUCCAAAAGCAUCAUCAGGCAAAGCUAAACCAAUACAAUACCUAAAUGCAGCCAAGAUUGCUUGCAAGCUAAAAGCUGAAGAAGUAAAAUAUGUGUUUCCUAAUGUGGAUAGUAAAGAUCUCCCAUAUCUUUGCAUGGAUAUGAUAUACCAAUUCUCUUUACUUGUGGAUGGAUUUGGUUUGAAUCCUCAUAGAGAGAUUACAUUGGUGCAUGAUAUUAAUUACAAAAAUAAUCGUGUGGAAGCAGCAUGGCCAUUGGGUUGUGCAAUUGACGUAGUCUCAUCAUCAUCUUCAAGGACUCACAUUUCAUCUUCUUAAUUAAAUAUUAUUUCUAAUCUAAUUAAUUAA